UGUGCCAAUUAGUGGCCAACACAAACCUGCAUUCCCUAACUUUAUGUCCACUUCUAAAAGCAAGCAAGAAAUGAACACAGACCCACUCCUGACAUCUCAGCUACGGCACGGGAAUAGUCAAUGUCCUCUCAGGGCUCCUGUUUUCACAGUUGAGAACACCCCCCCACACACCAAGACUGGCAGCGCAUCUGCAUAUAGUCGUUGGAAAGUGCAUGAGCUUUCAUGGUGCUCCCCAAAGACUCCUGGGAAUUGCCGUUCAGUGAAGAUGUGGCAUAGUCUUCUUCCAAUAUCCUGCAUCACUCUCACAGCACAACAGUCUCCAGGAUCCCGCCGUAAAAGUGAAGCAGGAUUCAACAAACAGAAGUCUGAAGUCCCCUUGCACAAGUGGAAUGGGGGAAAGAUCUGGCCCUCCAUGGACCGAGGAUGCAGCCCCCCCCCCCACCUCGGGUUCCAACCACCAAUCCUCUUCCAUUGGGAAUAUAAGAGUUGCACCAAAACGUACAUGGAUAGGUCUCGCCAUGUGACUGACUGGUUGCUCAGGGCGAUGCUCACAUUCACGGUGAGAGGCACCCAGUCCUGGGGUGAGGUGGAACAGCCUUGGCUUACGGAGUGUCUGUCACAGGGUGACUGCUACUUUAAAUGUAGACAAUGGCGAAAAGAAAAACCUGCCCACCACAUGAGGAGACCUCUCAGCGUCCAAGAUCUUUGGCUCACUAUAGGACUGGGUGGAUUUCUCCCGGAGCAUGAGUGCUGGCUGCAAGAAUUUCUCUGUGGCACGAUGAGACCUAUGCUGCCUCCACUGCAAACUCCAGCCCUGUCCACCACCAAGGCCGAACGGACCCGACCCUACUUUGUGGAGACAGACCCUAACCACCCCAAUCUGUCCUGUGGCCCUAACUGGAGAGCAGUGCACUUACAGCAGGUGGGCCUAGAAAAAGUCCUGAGGCGCUUCCGCAAGCUGGCUGAGCCGCCACUGGAAACUCCAGCCCUGUCCACCAGCAGGACCGACCCAACCCGACCCUACUUUGUGGCUCCCCCAAACCAACAGGUCUGCCUUACCUGUGGCCUCAACCCCACAACAACAUUUUUAAAAAAGAAAGGGAGGUUCGAGACAUUGAAACGCUUCCAUAAGAUGAAUGAGAAGAAGAGCAGGAAGAGGAAAAGGCCAUAUGAUCCAGGAGAAGGCCCAAGGAUCAAACGGAGGAGAAUCUGGCCCUAGUGACGUUUGUAUUUCAUGUUAUUACAUAUACUUCUUGUUAUUAUAUAUCCAAGUCAACUUGUACAAAAUCCCCCUCCCCUUGGCCUCGUGCCCCGCACGAGGCCCAAGAAGCGGGCCAAUUGGCUCCUUUGAAAUUGGAGGCGUGGUCUGGGCCGUAAUCGGCCGAUCCACACCCCAAGCUCUUCAGUUUUGCCUUGGCAAUCCCCUCCCUCCCUUCCUUCCCUGAUGCAGAGCGGGUCUAGCGGCUGGUCGCCCACGGGGGCCGAGUAGGAAUUUUUUGCUCUCAACACAUUGGCCACUGUUGGGGGUUUUUUCGCCUACUCCGUUCUGUACUCAGGCGUUUAGUUAGAGUUAGAGUUGGCAGUAACAGUGCGGGCUGAGGGGUAAGUUGAGGGUUAGAAUAUUGGUGAGCACCCUUGGAUCUUUAAAGGUUGAUUGGUCAAUUGCUCCUUUGUGGCCUGUGCAGCACGGGGAGAAUGGAUUGCCAUGAAACCUGCUUCAGGACUUCACCAACCUUUGGGCUGUGCGGUCCAGGGUGGGUGAAGACCUUGAAGUAUCCAGAUCCCCUCUGCUAAAGGGGGCGGUUGGCUUUGAAGGAAUUAGGCGGGGCGUACCUGCCUGUUUCCUGAGCCAGGGUGUGUCGCCCAGUGAGGCGAUGGGUAGGACGUUAGAGUCCUAGCCCGAGCCUAGGGGCCUGCACUGUUCUCUAAGGGUGAUUAAUCACCUGGCGUUCCAGUCCGCCAUGUCUGAUGUUUCUUUAAUAAAGCUGUGGUCCUUUCACCCA